AACGUCACAACUGUCAAAUCAAAAAACUUUUUAAUGUUUAUAUGAACUUUUUGCGGUCGGUUCGGUUCGAAUUUCGCGACAAGCACCGCCGGCGACGAGACAUGAACGGCACCGGCUCGACCCUGGAGCGCAUCCAGAAGGAAAUCCAGGAGAACAUCCGGCGCGAGAAGGAGCUGCGACGGGCGGUCCCCAAAACCAGCGACGAGAGCGAAACGACAGGUAACGGUACAGCGAAAUCGAAGCCCGACGGGCCGGCCAAUUCGAACGGCUUCACCCGAAGGUUCGUGCCCAACCAGAACGCCAAAGGGCUGAUGCAGAAGUUCUUCAAAGCUCGAGGAAAAGUGAGCUCUUCGGACUCCCCCGAGCCCCACAACGCCGGGUAUUUCCCGCUGAGGUUUAGAGUGGAGAAGGGCAAAUGCCUGCGGAACGGGUACGUGCCCGCCGAAGAGAAAAUCGUGAGGGAAGUGAUCGAUUUCCAGAUGCGCGAGACGGAGCUGCGGAACGAACGGAUGAAGUCCCAGCCCGAUCUCAUGGCCGCCUUGGAAUUGGAAGAGGCCCAAUUGAACGGGGCCAACGGGGUGUUGAAAUCGGCCAAAUCCAUGACGAAUUUGUUCCAGAACGAGGAUUGUUCCAAAACGAAUUACUCGAUGCCAUCGAGAUAGAUUCGAUUAGUUAGUAAUUAAUUAUUAUGAUAAAUACUCCGUCCAAUGAAGAUACGUAGUGAUUAUAUUAAAUUAUUUAUUGUGAACCAAAUAUGUGCCUAAAUCGUACUUAAGGACAUAACAUGUGAUGGUUUAUUUGAAUUAGUCGAAGCGGAAUCGAGCACAAUUAAGGCUUAAAAUUUUAUACAAAUGUUUCCAUUUUGAGUGUUAAAUAUCACAAGCUUAUUUGUAAUAAAUAUUUUUUUUAAACGAGCGUUGAAUUUUUUGCUUAGAUUUCUAAGAUUGUUUGUGAAAUAAGCGAGAUUUUGCC